GAUUGUUUUAGACAGUUUUAGUACUUUUACUACUUAAAACCUUUUGAAUUUAUUUAUUUGUUAAUAAAAAUAAAAUGAUAAAUUUGUGUUAAACCUUUCUUUAAAAUAUUAACUAUAAAGUAUACAUUUUUUCCAAUCAUAAACUGUUUUGAUUCAACAUAACAUUAAAUUUGCUAUGGAUCAUUUUUACGUACUGUUUAUGUGUACCUUCCAAAAUUCAUGAUCAAAUAUAAUGUUCUUAACGCCGUGAAAAAUACUAGAGUCCGUAUAGAUCAAAUAAAAUGAACACAGAAAACGAGUUUAUUAAUAAAAAAAAAGUGACUCCUAAUAAUCUACUUCGUGCUUUGUAUGAUCGGGAAAUAAACGGCAAUAAAACACGCAUGCAUUUUGUCAAAACUACAUACCAAAUCUUAAACCCCAAUUGUACGGUCAUAAACGUUGAGAAGCCUCCUUGUUUUUUAAGAAAAUUCACUCCUGAUGGCCGCCAUUUCAUAGCUUUUUCUCAAGAUCAAUUGUAUAUUGAGGUGUAUGCAUAUUUAGGAUGUUCAAUGGCAGCCAAGUUGUUGAAGAAUUAUGAAGGAAACUGUAUUGGUCAAAACAAUGAUGGUGAUGUUGUACGUAAGCGAAUAUUUGAAAGUCUUUUUCAACUGAAGUUUCGGAUAUUAGUAGCAGCAGAAGGAGAACAAUUAAAUAGAGAAUGUAGUUUAUUCUCAGAUGAUAGUUCCUAUGCUAUUUUGGGUUCCGUUGGACCUAUUGCUCAUAAUGUUGUUCUUGAUUAUGAUGAUAUUUUUACUAAUAAUGAAUCUGUGAGUCCUAAUCUAUUAUUGCCCUUAGAAAAUUAUACUAUACAUUUAAUUAACAUAAAAAAAGGAGCUGUUAGUCACCGCUUACAUUUUAAGGCUGAUAAAAUAUCUUUAUCUCAUAAUCAAGGCGUUUACCUAUUAAAAGAUGUACUUGCUAUUUUAUCUGUUCAACAUCAAAUAAUUCAUGUUUACAACCUUACCCAAAACCGAUUCUGUUUGUUGAGAAAAAUUGGUCGAUUUUGUUUUGAAAAUGAUUUUGCGUUUAUUUCAUCAGUGCACACAGAUAUGAUUGCAGAAGAUUAUAAAGCUCAUAAUGAAAUAUUUAUCAAUGGAUUAAAAAACAAACUAAUGGUGUUUUUAUAUAAAAAAGCUGAACAUGAAUCUAAGCAAAAUGGAUCACCAUACCCUCUUAGGAGAUUUUAUCAAUUUUAUGAUCAAUUUAUGUCAUUACGAAUGUGGAAAAUGCAGUUAUUAGAUGUAGACAAUAUUCUUAUCAGAUAUGCAUCAGAAGAUGUGGUCACAGCUAAAAUUCAGGAACCAAGUACUCAAGCAUCAUUUUUUAUGAUCUACAAUAUGACUACGGCUACGGUAUUAAAUGUUUAUCAAAAUACAUCUAGCGAUUUAUUACAUGGAUAUGAAUAUUUUUGUGAUACUUUUCGUAAUCCCUAUUUAAACCCAGAUGGAUUCAUGCCUUGUUCACCAUCAAAUAAUAUAUAUUCACGGGAAUCUCAUGAAAAAUUUAAAAAUACAAUGCUAAAUGCUAGAUUUGGUGGUACAAUGGAGGCGAACAAACGAAUAUUGGGACAAUUGCCAAUAGCAGCACAAUCAUUUUCCUGCUCCCCAUAUUUAGAUACUUCCCUUUAUAGUUACGAUGAAAAGUGGGUAUCACCUAUGGAAAGACCUAAAGUUGUCGGUGAAUAUCCAAUAAGGUUUUAUUCAAGGGAAUUGGGAACACUAAGUUUUUGUCUGUAUACCAGUGUAUCAAGAAACAGACCAACACAAGACCGUAGAAGACUAGUUGCAUUUACAUUCCAUCCUACAGAUCCUUUUGCUAUUAGUGUGCAGAGGGAUAACUUAGAGUAUAUUGUUAAUUUUCAUAUACGAAAGGUGUAUUUACCCGAGUAAUGAAAAUACGAACACCAUAUUUCAAUUUAACCAGAUGAUUGUUUGGAAAUAACAUUUUAUUAGCAGAGCUCAUAAAAUCUGAAAUUGUACAUAUCGCAAUUUAUACUGUGAUUUUGUAUGUAUCACAAACUGUACAAAGUAGAUUUUUAUUGAUUUAUAAAAGUCAAAACUAAGGGAUUAUAAUUAUAAAAGACAAUUAUUGUCUUUUGAAUGUAAAGAAAAAGUCAAAAUCUAAUAGAAAACAUCAAGAAAAGUAGUGUGUUCUCUAGAACUUUGAUUACUGAAAGAAAUACAGAAAAAAGGUUGGAAAGAGAGACAACAUACAGUAAACCAAAGAUAAUCUGAAGUUGUUCAAGUGAUUAAGAAUCCUGCAAAAAUUGAGAAAAACGGAAAAAUGCAACAAGUUUAUUGAAAAAAAAAAAAUUGUAUACAAAAUGACAAAUCAUUUUUUUCAUUAUUUUUGAAAUAUGAUUUAUAAGUAAUUUUAGUAUAAAAUAAAUCAUAAAUAAAAAUAUUCUAUUGUAUGAAAAUUGUAUUUUAUGUAUUUAACUUAUUUAAAUAUUGUAAUUUAAUUUGUAUAUAACUAUGUGGAAUUGAUACUCGUAUUCUAAAAUAUUGUAUAUUUUAAUAAAUUACCUACCAGUAGGUAUCACA